AUGCCGCGAACAUUACCUUGGUUGAUACACAAGGGGAAUGCUAGUCCAGUGAAACAACAGUCGCGCCCCCGCAAGAGGGCGAAGCGAGAAUGCACGCCUGUCGAUGAUGAUGAUAACGACAACGCGACAUCAAGGGGACCUCCUAAAACGCCGGAGAAGCGGGAUUUCUUCCGAUCUUCGCAAACCCCGCCUAGCUCUCCUGCGCGACAAUGUCCUCCCCAAGAAUUUCUCCUCGAAGGACUGGACCAUGAUGACGCUUGGAUCAUGGUGGAAGAUGAGUUCUACGCCAUAGCGCUGAGUUUUACACAGCAUCUUCAUUACGCGGAGUAUAUUCGAAGAAAGAAGGAAGCGAGGUCGCGAGGCACUCAAGGCCUGAAUAAUCUUCAACGACCGACAGAUGGCCGAACAGCUCUGCCAAAGGAGAGCGAGCGGAAAAAAGAAGCAGAAUCUCUCCAUGCUCGGCAGCAGGCUGGGCUGGCAGACAUCAAGCCAUUAGAAGAGGACUUGGAUGACGAUGACGAUACCACCUGGGCGGGGACCCAUCUCCACGGGCUGAUGACUAGUCCCAGGAAAUCAAGGUCUCUGAUGGGCGUUUAUGGGGUGAAAUCUGCGACGCGAGCGGCUGCAGGGUACAAACAGGCUGGUGGGAGUGGUGGUAGAGCCGCAGGCGGGGAUCUUCCACGGGAACGCGUAUCUAAACAGCGAGCCGCGACGGACAAGAUGGCUGAUCUAGACGGGGAAACGGCCUCGGACACUGAUGACCUCAACGGUGACACAGAUCCAGGUGAAGAAACAGAAGGAGGAGAGGACGACGAUGAUCUUGAGGAGCUGGCUCCAGCACAGUAUGAAAGAUCUACGGUUUCUACAUCAAAAUCUAUAGUGCGGCCAGACCGCCAAGAGAUGGAUAACGCUGUACAAGUGCAACGAGUGGCCCCGGCUGUACAGACAAGCAGCAGAUUCAGAUCUCGGGUUCAAAGUCUAUUUGAUGAUCUAGAUGGGCUACCGGAGCCAUCGCAAUGCGUCAAAGUGGAAAAGAACACGAAGGUUUCCUCAGACCCCGAGAUUCAGCCAUUCAGAAACCUGCAAACCACCAGACAUAACUGA